AGAUUGCCACAGAAGCUCCAGUGAAUCACUGCUUUUGUUAAUGAGUAACCUCAGAUGCAAACUGCAAGGGUCUCCUUCCUGAAAACCAGACAGCUAGUCCUCACUGGACCAUACUAAAGCCAGGAAGCACAGGAAUUGCAUCUAAGAUUUAUUUAAGAAGCUUUAAAACCAGAGAGAAUAAAAUGUGUCAAAUAUUGAGUCAUUUUCUACUGCUCUUAUGGCUCCCCUUUAUCAUGACCAAUCGUGUGUAUGUCCACCCCUUUGGCCUAUUUGCCUUGAACAACGUCAGCUGCAAGACUGUAAAGGACCAGGUUGAGAAUCCCUUGAAGACAGUCGAUCUCACACUCAUAGAAUCAAAGGAUAGUGCAGAGCCUGAAAUCCAUGACCGAAAAGCUACUGAGAGUCUGAAGCAGAGUAUUACCCAGCACACGUUGGUUCUCGCCAGCCUGCAGAACUCCUUUGGCCUGCGGCUCUACCAUGCCUUAAGGAAGCAGAAGACAACGAAUGCCCUGUUCUCCCCUAUCAAUACGUUUGGAGCACUAGUUACCCUCUACUUUGGUGCUUCCAAGCAUACUGCUACACAUCUCCAGCACUUUCUGGGCCUUGUCAAAGAGACAGAUAAGGAGGAAUGCAUUUCCCCUUUUGAUGGUCACAAGGUGCUUCGUACUCUCCAGGACAUCAGCUCCUUGGCUGAGGGAGCAGCAGUUGAGAUCAAGACCAUGUCAUGGACCUUGGUCAGCAGCAAGGCAGACUUGUCAGAGGAGUUUGCCAGAGGCACCCAGGAAUUCUCAGACAACUCCUACAUCCGAGCAGUGGAUUUCUCUCAGACCCAGGAGGCUGAAGCCCAGGUCAACUCUUUCAUCCAGAGGACAUCCUCAGGGAAAACCGAGCACGUGUUCAAGACUAUCAGCCCCUCUGCAGAUCUCCUAUUUGCCAGUUUUCUUCAUUUCAAGGGGAAGUGGGUUGCAUUCCAUCCUGAGGCCACCUCGCUGCAGGAUUUCUGGAUUGAUGAAAAGACAAGUGUCAAGGUGUCUCUGAUGACCCACACUGGAGACUAUAAGUACCUGAAUGACAAGAGCAGGAGGUGUACCAUUAUCAAACUCCCCCUGAGUGAGAAGACCUACAUGCUCCUGGUGCUGCCCCAUCAGGGGACUGAUCUUGACCACAUUGAGGCUAAACUCUCAACCGAGGUCAUCUCAACAUGGCACCAACACCUAAAGGGAGGAUUCCUAGAGGUGUCCCUGCCUAAAUUCUCCAUAAAAGCUGUAAAUGACCUCAGGGUCAUUCUGUCCCACAUGAAGCUUCAGGAUCUACUAGGCAAAGGAGCUAACUUCCAAAGACUCAGUACCAAAGACCAAUUCAAUGUUGACCAGGUUCUGAACAAAGCAAUGUUUGAGAUGUCUGAAAAUGUGUCUGAAAACCAGGACAAGGCCCAGGAGGGCAGAGUUGCCCUGAAGCUUACUGUCAACAGGCCCUUUUGUUUCACGGUCAUUGAGGGGAACACAGAUGCCAUCCUUCUUCUUGGGAGAGUUACCAACCCCGUGCAAUAAGGCUUUCUGAGAAAACAUCCAAGGCUGUAGUGCUGGUUAUACUGAAAUUGUAUUAACCAAAUGUUGCACUGUGUACUGUUUUUUACUUGAGAGCCAAAGUAGGACUGGAAUGAGACUACAGAAUUUAGGAACAGUACUGGUCUUCUUUCUUACCUCAACAAAUUAUUUAUUUGGUGUUCUUUUUAAGAGACAAAUCCAUAAGGAAAUUGGAUGCUAGAUAUCAUGAACGGUUAUAACAAAGAAGACUGGAUUAAAUAAAAUUGACAGUAGUUUUUUCUUUUUUAGAACUCUUGUGUUUUGAAAAUGGUUCAUACAUUUAUAUUACAA